AUGUACGCCGUCGGCCUCGGGCGCAGCAGCCACAACACCUCCGUCACCCAGCUGAUGAAGGCCAACAUGUCUCCCACUCACGAGACUGCCCCGCCGCUGCCCGUCCCCGCCCCGACCUCCCCUCAGGCCAAGAAGAAGAAGAACAAGAAGAAGGGCUCUCGCCCGCCGCAAUCGCAAGACUCGCCUACCAAUGGUCACCCUGCCGCCGACCCAUCCCCCGACGGCCACGAUGGCGAUGAUGGCGGCGACGGCGACCAGUCGCCUGCAAAGUCCAGCGCGAACGACGACCCUGACAGCCGGCCCUCGACUGCUCAGUCCGACCCGCAGACGCCGCAGCGCAACGGCGCCCGCUCCCACCCGCCCCAGAUGGACAGCGACACCUCCGACCGCCUCGACCAGCUGGCCAAGGAGCGUGAUGAGCUGCGCGAGGAGGUCACCCAGCUGCGCAAGUCGCUCGAGACCAUCCAGAGCAGGCACGAGGACGAGAUCCAGGGCCUGAAGCAGCACGCCGAUGAAUCCGCCAAGAGUAAGGAGCAUGCCGAGAACCAGUACCGCGACCUCCGCGGCAAGGUCAACACCAUCAAGAGCCAGCUAGGCGAGCGCAUGCGCCAGGAUGCCGAGGAGCUUGACCGCAUGCGCACCCAGGUCGACGACCUCGAGGACCAGAACCGACGACUCCGCGACGACAACGAGCAGCUGCGCAAGCAGACUGAAGAGCACGCCUCUGAGAUCUCCAGUCUGCGGAGCCGCGCCACCUUGUCGCAGCAGAAUUGGGUGAAAGAGAGGGACGAGUUGAUACAGCGUGAGGCAUAUGCCAGGGAGGAAUUCGAGACGGCGAAGCAGGCCAUGCAGGAUUGGGAGGUUCUGGCCAUGGAAGAGAGGUCGCUGCGCGAGAACUUGGGUGACCGGGUGGCCGAGCUCGAGGACCAGCUCAACGGCCAGCGCGAAGCUUUGGAAAGAGCUGUCAAUGAGAGAGACACGCAGACGUCAACGGUCGACGGCCUACAAAGGGCAUUGCGCGACAUUCAAGAUGCACGUAAGAAGGAGCUCCGUGAGAUUGUCGAAAACUCGCAGAACCAGCUCGAGGACCUCCGAAAACAGCUUCAAGCUGCGGAGGAGGCAUCCAGAAAAGCACAAACCGAGCUGGAAACGACACAAAAAGAGCUUGAGCGUGCAUUGCCGUUCGAAAAGGAGGUCAAGGAAAAGAAUCUGCUCAUCGGCAAGCUUCGUCACGAAGCUGUGAUCCUCAAUGACCAUCUAACAAAAGCUCUACGUAUCCUACGGAAAGGUCGGCCGGAGGACAACGUGGAUAGACAAAUUGUCACCAAUCACCUGCUCCAUUUCCUUGCGCUUGACCGCAGCGACCCUAAGAAAUUCCAAGUCUUGCAGCUAAUUGCCGCGCUUCUUGGAUGGAAUGAUGGCCGGCCUCUCGCGCCCUGGCUCUACCGCCACAGCCAACAACAGCCUUCGGGUUCCUUUAUCCCCGUUCCAUCGCACGCCGUCCACACCUUCGUUAUCAAGUACCGAUCUUCUACUGUCAGAAGGUCACUCGUCAUCAUCUGCCCAGCAGAACAAGGAGAGCUUGGCUGA